UCCUCCUCCUCCUCCCCUCCUCUCCUCCUGUCCUCUCAUUCUGCUCUCUGCGUUUCACCUGCGCUUCCUCACUUAGUCACAGACUUUGGUAUGUUUCGGACUUUCCACGCCUCUAUCAAACAACAGUGACAUAUCCACGGGCCGUAUUUGAACAGCUCAGACCGACAGAAACUCCUCAUAUCUUGAAGCUCAGCAGACGUCUUCACAAUCCCGGACAGUUUCUCUAUUAGGAUGGAUUCCACUGCUUUCCUGUUGCUGGCUCUCUUGAGCGCCGGGACGCUCCUCCAAGAAGUGUGGGGUACAGACAGUGUGACUGGCUUGUAUGGAGACACCGUUGUUAUACCAUGCAACGAUGGAGCUCCAGCACCAGCUGAUCUGAUGUUCGUCAAGUGGAAAUACGAAAAAGAUGAUGGCACUCCUGGCGAUCUGUUGAUCAAGCAGGCCCGCAGCGACCAGGCCACAGUUCAGGCUACAGACGAUUAUGCCCAGCGAGUCAGCAUCGAUGACAAGUUAAGCCUGCUCAUCAGUCAGGCCUCACUCAGAGACCAAAAGACCUUCACCUGCAUGGUGGUGUCAGGCUCCAACCUCAUGGAGUACCCUGUCACUGUCACCAUUCACAAGGAACCAUCUGAAGCUCAAAUUAUGGACAAGUCUGAAGCACUGCAGAAGGACAAACUGACAACGGUUGGAACAUGUGUUGCGGCAGAUGCAAACCCUUCAGCUACAAUCAUAUGGAAGAGGGAUGGAAAGCCCUUAGUGGCCGAUGGGAAAGCCAUUGUAAUCACCCCCAGCAUGAAGGUAGAUCCAGCCACAGGCCUGUCCACCACCUCCUCCACCCUCCAGUAUGCAGCUACCAAGGAGGACUCUGCCUCAGUCUUUAGCUGCAUGGCCACACAUGAGCUGUCCACUAAGGAAACUGUGCUGGAUCCCUUUCCCAUUCACUAUCCAUCAGAGAAGGUUAGCCUCCAAAUCAUGUCCAAGGGACCCAUCGUAGAAGGAGAUAACGUGACAUUGAAGUGCCAUGCCGAUGGCAACCCUGCACCCAGCUCCUUCACCUUCCACAUCAAGGGCCAGAAAAUACUGGUGGAAAAUUCGGACACCUACACUUUGGCUGCCAUCAGCAGAGAUGCUGGGGGUGAAUACAAAUGCUCCCUGCCUGACAACGAGAAAAUGGAGGCUUCCCAGAACGUUGUUGUUAGCUUCCUGGACCUGAGUCUGACUCCCACUGGGAAGAUUGUGAAGACAGUAGGGGACACCUUAUCUGUGCAGGUGCAGAAGAGCUCCUCGGGUGACGCUAAAGAGUCAUGGACAAAGAAUGGAAUGGCACUGAAGGAGCUGGAGUUGACCAACUUGACCUUUGCUGAUGCAGGAGUCUAUGUAUUGGAACUUUCUAUGACUGGCCUCAUGAGACGUCAGAGCUUUGAACUGGUUGUAGAAGGAAAGCCUGUGAUCACCAGACUAACCAAACACCGUGCUGAUGACGCUAGUUACAAAGUUCUGACCUGCGAGGCUGAGGGAGUACCAGAGCCAAGCUUCCAAUGGAGCGUCAAUAGCACAGACGAGAAGAGCUCGUACUCUAAUGGCAAGGCCAUCCAUAAAAUCACUGUGGUCCCCAGGGUGAAUCUGACUGUCACCUGCAGCGUCAGCAACAAGCUGGGAGAAGAUACCAAGACCAUCAAUGUAGCCUCUGUUUUUAAGGAGAAAAGGGAGGAAGAAGGUUCUCAGGAGGAAUCUGAGGACCAGGCAAAGCUCAUAGUGGGAGUUGUGGCAGGGCUCCUCAUAGCUGCUGCUGUGGUGGGACUCAUCUACUGGCUCUACAUGAAGAAUUCAAGGCAAGGAAGCUGGAAAACUGGUGAGAAGGAGGUUGGAACAUCUGAGGAGAGCAAGAAACUAGAGGAGAACAAUCACACUGUUUAAGGGCACUCAGGCUGUACCAUGUGGGAUCAAAGAGAAGCAGUUGAAAGCAGCCUUGCAACAUAAAAAAAUACAGACUCCCAGUUGGCUGCUGACACACUCCAUCAGGCUCCACAUAAGCAGCAACAAUCAGAGUCAUUUUCCGCCAAGUCCUGCCCACAGCCUGCUGUCCCACCUCACUGUUUGAAGUCUGCACUGAGGCUGCCUCGUGUUACUGUUUCAUUUUGUGUUUUUGUGUUCCUGGUGAAUGCUCCCUGUUAUGUUUUGUUUGAGCAAUUCCGCUCAGGCUGUGUGGUGGGCUUUUUUUUUGCCCCCUUCGUUCUUUCUUUAGGAUUUUUUUUUUUCAUUUGUUUGUUCUUGAAUCUCUUCAAAGAAUGUAAAUCCCUCGUACACUUUUUAAGGCCUGUAUAAUUAUAAUUAUGCGUGUGCCCUGGCUGAGCAUGCCAAUGUUUAUUUUUAUUGUUUGUUUUUUACUUUUUGUGUGUGCUGUGUGUGGAAAAGCCUUUGUUUGGCUGUGCUCAGAGAAAAAAAAGACACUUCACUACUAUAGAGUCCUACUGAACGUGUUCUCAAACUUUAAGAUAACCUCAACAUCUCUUAACCUGCUGGCUCAUGUUUUCUGGUUUUCAAACACUGGCGACCCUGAAUAUCUGGUUAAUGGAUGCCCAGGACUGAAAGAGUGAUAUUAAGUAAGCAACUGGAUGAAUGGUUUCUAUACAUGCAGUUUAUCAUAAUUGUGACCCAAAAAACAAACAUACUUUAUUUAAAUUUAAAUCCAUAAAAAUUGCAUUUGUGUGGAUUUAAAUUGGAUGCCAGCAAAUGGACACAGUCAACCACUAAUUGAUUGAUUUUUUUUUUUUUUUGUAAAUUACAGUAUUUUCCCUGUUUUGUUAUUCUCAAAAGAAACUCUACAAUCCCUUUGUGUUGCAAAAAGUUUUAUCUGAAAAGGCAAAAAAAAAAAGAAAAGGAAAGAAACUUGUAAGAUUGAAAAAGUGUAUUCUGCCAUAAUCUUUCUUUCUUUUUUUUAAGUUUAUACCAAAUGACUUUGUUCACCUGUGAUUCAGUUUAAUACACUACAUUGUUGUCUACAUGUCUUCACUUGUCUGCUUUGCAGCUCCUGUAUUUUAUGUUUUUUUUAUGUAUUUAUAUCCUGUGUUCAACUUCCCUGGAUGGCGAUGCUGCAGCAUGCAAGGUAAUCUUUUUUUUAAGCCUGCGUGAAAGGCAUCAUCAAGUGUUGGGAAGGUACCGUAUGGUUGGAGAGUUACACGAGAGUGAAGAAGGCUAUACAGUAUCUGUGCUCAUUCUCUGCUGUAUUACUAUUAUGAUGUUAUUUUUAGCUCAGUGGUGUGAAGGAUAACCCAAACUGAAGACAGAGGUUGAGAUUGGAGGAUUAGAUUAGGUCAUAAAGAUGGUGGCUCUCUGGCUUUACACCAUUUUUGUUUUCAGUGACCCAUCAAGGGGAAAGGGUUAAUAAGACAGUUUGAGAGGAAUCAUGACUCUUGUUAACAUUUGUUGUUCCGUUCAUACUUUAAUUUACUUAGUUGUUUGGUUCACACCAUGUUAAUUUACAUAUUUAUGACUUACAUUGUUCUGAUGAAUAACUUGACAAAAGAAGCAUCAACCUUUCACCUCAACCAUCUGUUCAUAUUUCUGAGUGGAUUAUGACUAUUGCCAACAGUCAGAGUUAUAAUAAGUUUGAGUUGUUAUCCUGCAACAGCUUCCUUGUGGCAAUUAAAGGUUGAACAUUUGGAACUGGUUUUGUAGACUCUUAUUUUCACCACCUGGUAUGAAAGUAGAAAUUCCAGACUUUUAAGUUGACUUUGUCAAGAGCUUCAGAUGUAGAAGCUGUUGAUUAUAAAACACUAAAUGUUAACUUGAAGGAACCAUGCUCCGGUUGAUCUAGUGAUGGUCUCUUUGAUUCCAGUUUUCCAAACUGUAGCAAAGAUAUGACAUCCCAUUCUCUUGCUUUUUUUUUUUUUUUUU